UUUCAUCCAGGCGAAUCGUUAUCUCUUUUCCUAUUUGAAGGGCGGAAUAUGAUUUGUGUUUAUCGUUGUUCCUGGUUAAGUGAAACGGUAUCGUCUCGGUGAAGUAAAUCCUGGGCUUUUAUAAACAAUUUUUACUGAUUUGAGUGGUUGUGUAAGGAGCGAAUGGCUGGGAAAUUGAUGAAAUUAUGAAUAAAAAUCGUCGUGAAGCCAGCAGCUCAUCAUAUGCAAGAGGCAUGGGAAAUUUCGUCAGUCGGGCUCGGUCGAAGAGCAGAGUCGUGAUCGAGGAUAUCGAUGACGAUGAAAUUGAGGAAAUAAAUACGCAAGAGGUGGCAGAAACUGUGAGAAAUAACAGGUCAUCAAGACUGAGGACAAGGAGGCAAAAACGAGAGGCUGAAUUAACAACAGGUAGUGGUAGUGAAGAGAAUGGUGACUGGGAUGAAGAGGAGUUACGACAAGUUCUUAUCAUGAGUAGAAUUGAGGCAGAUAAGCAAGAGGAAAGAAGGAAAAUGUGUGGAAGCUUUGAAGAUGUGAUUAGCGAUGUUCAAGGGGAAAUUAAGCCCCUGAGAUCAGAUGGACUGAAAACUAAUGUGAAAGAAUGUUCAAAAAGAAGCCCAGGUAGUGAAGAAGAUCAAAGAGAGCGUGCUGAAUCUCCAGACUUGUUCUCUACUCCUCUUGAAGAAAAAGAAAACCCAGCCAGAAAGAAGGUGCCUAGGAAUGUUGACAGUGACACAGACCAUCCAAACAGCCCCCCUUUACCUGUCACUGUGAGGUCAAAUGGUGCUGACCUAAGUGAUGACAGUGGAAAAGAGUCAAGUUCCUAUCAGGCUGCCUCUUCUUCCAGGCAGCACAAAACGAAGGUAAGGAGAAAGUUGAAAUUGAGAAGAACUAAGAGAGACGAAUCAGGCUUUCCAAACCUAACAGGAACAAAAUCAGACGAUGAUUUGACUUUGGAAGAGGUUAGGGGUAAUGAUCAAAAAUCUCAGAGGGAAAAUUCCAAGAGUGAAGAUAAUAACAACACUGGAGAGAAGCGUAAACUUGAGCAAGAUGAUGAUGACAUAACAGAUGACGAGGAAGCAAUUGUAGUAUUGGAAAAGAAAGAUCUUCCGAAACGGCAAAAACUGUCUUCAGUUGUGCACGAUAGUGAUUCAGAUGAAUUGCAAGAUGUGAACAAGAAAGGUUGUAAAAGGUCACCUGAUGGAAUUGAUGAUCCUUCUCCAAAAAGAAUGGCUUCUACAACUUUAACUGUUCGUCUAUCUCGCCGAUACAAGAAUGUGCAGUGCAGACCCACCUCUCUAAAAGAAGCCAUGAAGGCCAAUUUGUACUUCGCUCCUCCUGGAGUGAGCAUUCCAGCGUAUACUCGAAUCAUCAUCAGAAUGUUUGAGAAGUAUAGAAGGCAAUUGCAUAAGGCGCAGUCCAGGGUCAAAAAGCUCAUUCCCUGGGGUUCCCCUGUCGUAGCUGGGAGCAGACAAGGGGACACGUUGGAUGCACUGUCGGCAAAGACUACUGCCUCUGUUGGAACAAAAGGCUCCCCUUUUACCAGAGGAUCGUUACGUAGAGAAACAAGCCCCGGAAUUAAGAACUAUUCAGACAAUGAUGCUUCUGAGCGGAGAAGAACUUUGAAAAGCUCAAGUACUACGGUUCAGCAACCCACUGCUUCCUCAACCAGCAGUAAAUCAACGAGUACAGUUACCGCACCUCCGUUUAAAAUAGACAGUGAUAGUGACGGUGAUGGUGACUUAAUGCAAUCCUAUUUGGAUCAACAUUGUACGCCAACUAAGAGCUCCUUGGCUAAGAAAACGCUGAAGAGCUCUGCAAGAAGUGGAAAAAUUUCUGACUUUGUAGAGACUCGGGAAAUAAGAGGAGCUAGCUUGAAAGGAAAAUCAUUAUUGACAAAACCAACGUCAAGCGAAGGCGGAGUUCAUUCUAAUAGUUCGCGUAAUAAUGAUCCAAAAGAGGCGCGUAAGAAAGCUACCAAUGUAGACGUUCGCGAUUCAGAAAUGUUAUUCGAUGGCAGUGUUAACUUAGAUUUAGACUCAGUUGAAAUCCAGUCAGUUGCUAUGGGUAGCUCACCUCCGAAAGGUGAAAAAGAAAAAGAAAUUGUAGCGAAUUCAGCAAAGACUAAAGGCGAGGCUAAAGGUGAAAGUCCAGCGAGCAAAAUAGACGUUUUACCAGAUGGUAGGGAAGUUGAAAAUGAUGUUUGCUUGAUGGAAACUGAACUAGAAAACGAGGGUGAUGUUCUUCGGCCUCCAAGGCAUAGGAGUAUUUCGCGGCCUUUCAUCGAGGAUGACUCUACUGAUGAUGAAAACGAGUGUGUGAGACCGGCUACAUCAGAGGAGGAAGGCACGAAGACAGCUGCAACUAGAAACAGAAAGCAGAAAGAGAAUGUAGAGGAACAUCUUGUGUCUCCACAGAGCGAAUCCGAAGCCAUGCUUAGUAGGAGUAUUCUUGAGAAGAUGGGGAAGGAGGUGGAGGAUGAUGAACUGAAACCAUCACAAGCUUUAUGCAACCCUGAUGUAACGUCCAGUAAACUGGACAAAGAACCUGAGGCUGUCGGUGAAUUUGAAAAUACUGGGAGUUCAUUGACGGCUGCAAGUUCUUUUGUUAAGCAGACAGAAGAUAGAUUUGUAGAGGAAGAUCAUCUUGAAGUGACUGAGAGUCAGCGUACGAGGGAGAAGCGUUCGGAGGCAGCUGAAAGAGCAGCAGUUGCUGCAGAGAACAGACUAAAGACGAAGACACGAAGAGGAUUGCUUGAGGCGUGUUCGUCAAGCUCUCAAGACCACUUCGAAGUGAAGCAGCCAAGCGAAAUAACAGAGGAUGCACUAUUGGAAUCAACGGUAGAAUGCCCGUUGUGUUUUGAGCGUUUUACUUCCAAAGAAAUAGAAGCUCAUGCAUCAGACUGCCAGGGUCCACCCCCACAGGCGCAGUUUGGCUUACAAACGAACAGGGAGGAGCCUGGUUUUAGGAGCAAGCCUGGACCGAGUUUCAGAAGUGUUCCUUCCGAAGGUGCGAACACAGUUUACCGUACUUUAAGUGGCGAAAGAGGAGAGUUGAAAAACCUUAGAGUCGUGCUUCAGAGGUCUCCUUUGGCGAGACAGAAACUACUCCAGAAAGACACUUCAACGUCGGAUUCUGCCUCUGCUAAGCGAAAUCUUGACUUUGAAACCAGUUGUGCAACCUCUGGAAUAUUUGAUCAACACGGUAGUUCUAGAAGCUUUGAUCGAGGUUCGCGAAAACCCAGUAGGGACACCAAAGGAGCCUCAAGGGCUGAGUCAGAGAGUGAAGAGACAGUUUACGAGAAAAACGAGAGAGAAACCAGUCCUAGUGUCCUUAACUGGCUUGAAACAUCAAGGACUUCGGAAGAUGUCAUUUUCCCUUUUUGUCCAUUCAGCGCGGAAAAGAAGAAAGCAGCACAGACAUUCCUCGGUGAGUACAUUCCCUUGAACAUGAGCAAGGAAAGACAAGAAAAUGAAAGUGGCAGUACCGAAGAGCCCGAGUAUCGACAAACCUGUGGAACAGAAGAAGUGGAGUCGGACAGCGAUUCAUCAGUUAGUAGUGGUAUAUGUGAUGACAGCCUCAUGAUGCAGUACGGAGCUCAGCGCAUUUCUGCGCGUUGUAAAGAAUCCAGGAAAAUUCGAGAAGAAGGAACCGACGAAAAUGAUAUCGCACUUGCCAUACUUGGUGGUCGAAGCAAGAAACGCCCCCUAUCUUUAUCAAAAAGCUCUAAGGCCAAGAAGUCUCGGAGGCCAAGAGAUUCUGAGAGCGAGGAGAGUGACGAGUAUCACGUGGUCUGUGAGCUCUGUAACGAGAAGAUUCCGAAAGAAAUGUACUCGCAGCACGUGGAUGAAGAACUGGAGGCUAAGAAAAGGACAUCAAUAGCGCAGCGUAAAGUAGGAGUAGUUACCCUGAAAGACAGGAGUCAGGGAAGCAGCAAAGACAAAGAUAGAAGGGUUGUUGCAAAAAACAGACAGAUUGAGAAACCCACGCAAACUGUUGCAACAGAAGACACUGAUGAACUCGAAGUGGACUGGGACGAUGUCAGUAAUUCACCAAUCAAAUGUUUCCAGUUUACGGAAAAUUCGAACAGUGUCGUGGACUUCGAGAAUCAAUUUGAACACCUGAAAGAGAGCAAGAACAACAAAAGGCAAUCAAAAUACGGGCAGAAGGAGCCCAGUUACGGGAGGUCUGGUUUCCGUGGGGGAAAUAAAAGUUCCGGUAACAGAGGGAAUAACAGAGGAUCGUAUAACAGGGGUUAUGGACGCGGGAAGAAGUAUAAAAAGUACAGAGGAUCGCGCGGAAGGAAGUAGAUUUCGUCGAGCUCAACACGAACACUUUUCCGUCGGAAAUUGCACUUUUCAAGGAUAUAAUUAAUCUCAAUCUACUUUAGUGAGCAAAACGUGUCAAAAUUUCCCGCAGGAGUUACAUAAACCGCUAAUAAUUUCUAUGGCAAGUGUCUCUGUGAAGUCCUCUGCACUAGCAGAUUUCCCUGUUGACAAAUCUUCUUUUUCAAGGCCUUACUUGUUGGAUUUUAGGCUAAAGAACUUGUCAUGUUUGUGUUUUCUUUAUUUUUGUUUUUUCAAUUGGUUGUUGUUUUUUUUGUUUUGUUUUUCCUGAUUUUAAUCUAGUCUGUGGUGGAGUACUAACUUAAGGAAAAAGUAUCAUAGAAAGUUUAAUUUCUAGUGUAAAUAAGACUUGAGACAUGGAGUUAACUUGGAUUGUCAAAAAUUGUGCCCUAAAUAGUGAUAAAAAAGUGAUGGAAGUGAGUCUUGUAUUUAUAAAUAGUGUACCUGUCUUAAGUGCUGGUAUGAAACAACCAGUGGGAGGGG